AUGGCGGACAAAGGUCAUGCUGGAGCACGGCCUGUUGCGACGCCAGUGCGAGGCCCGGCAGCAGACGGUCAGGGUGACAUCCCGGCCGGCGACACGCUGGCAAUGCGCACUAAGAGGCUCCUGGAAAGGAACGGGCUAGCCAAGCAGGCGGCGCAACCUCAGCCACCACAGCAAGCACCGGCAUCUGAGGAACCCAAGCCCAAGAAGUCAAAGACUGCAGCCGCCAAGGUAGGAGAUGAUCAUACGCAGAAGAAGCCCAAGGGGCCCAAGUCCACCAAUGCCAAGGAGCCUCUGAAGCAGCAGUCGCCUAGGGAAAGAGAUGACACGAAGCAGAAGAAGCAGGCCAAUGAGCCCACGACCACUGAUCCCAAGGAUGCCGAUAAGCAGCAACGGCAGCAGCAGCAGCCAGAAGGAGGAUGUAAGCAGAAGCAGAAACAGAAGCCCCAUGAGCCCACGACCACUGACGCCGGGGAGGCUGAGCAGCAGCAGCAGCCGAAGGGAGAAGAGCACAAGCAGAAGCAGGCCAAGCUGGCCACGGCCGCUGGUGCCCAGGAGCAGCAGCAGCCGAAGGGAGGAGAUGAUCAGAAGCAAAAGAAAAGGGCUAAGGAUGCGGAGAAGCCGAAGAAGAAGGCCAAGGAGGCCACCGCCACUGAUGCCGAGAAGCAGCAGCCGAAGGGAGAUGAGCAGAAGCAGAAGAGGAAGCCCACGGGGCCAGCGACCGCCGAUGCUGAGGAGGCCAAGAAGGCCAAGACCGCCGAGGUGGCUGCAGAGCAGCAGCAGCCGAAGAAAGGACCUGAUCAGAAGCAGAAGAAGGAGGAGGAGCUGAUCAGAAGGAAGCAGAAGAAGGAGGAGGCCACCGCCACUGAUGCUAAGGAACAGCAGCAGCCGAAGCAAGGAACUGAGCAGAGGCAGAAGAAGCAGGUCAAGGAAGCCACGGCCACUGAUGCUGAGCAGCAGCAGCAGCUGCCGAAGGGAGGAGAUGAGCAGAAGCAGCAGAAGAAGAGGGCCAAGGAUGCCACCACCACUGGUGCCAAGAAGCAGCAGCGGCCGAAGGGAGGAGAUGUGCAGAUGCAGAAGAUGGCCAAUGAUGCCAUGACCACUGAUGCCCAGCAGCAGCAGCCGAAGGGAGGAGAUGCGCAGAAGCAGAAGAAGCCCAAGGGGCCCAAGACCUCCGAUGCCAAGGAGGCUGGGGAUCAGCAGCAGCUGAAGGGAGGAGAUGAUCAGAAGCAGCAGAAGAAGGGCAAGGAGGCCACCACUGCUGAUGCCAAGGAGCAGCAGCAGCUGAAGGGAGGAGAUGAUCAGAAGCAGCAGAAGAAGGGCAAGGAGGCCACCACUGCUGAUGCCAAGGAGCAGCAGCAGCGGAAGGGAGGAGAUGAGAAGAAGCAGACGAAGGCCAAUGAGGCCACUACUGCUGGUGCCCAGGAGCAGCAGCAGCCGAAGGGAGGAGAUGCGCAGAAGGAGCCCACUGAGGCCAGUGAGGCUGAGGAGCCGCGAGGAGAUCAAAACCAGAAGAAGCCCACGGAGCCCAACACGGACACCAAGGAAGCUGAUGAGCCGAAUGGAGGACAUCAGAAGCAGAAGAAGCCCAAUGAGCCCACCAAAGAGCCGCCAAAAGGAGGAGAUCAGAAGCGGAAGAAGCCCAAGGAGCCCAAGACCACUGAGACCAAUGAGGCUGAGGAGCCGCGAAAAGAUCAAAAGCAGAAGAAGCCCACGGAGCCCAACACCACGGACACCAAGGAAGCUGAUGAGCCGAAUGGAGGACAUCAGAAGCAGAAGAAGCCCAAGGAGCCCAAGACCACUGAGACCAAUGAGGCUGAGGAGCCGCGAAAAGAUCAGAAGCAGAAGAAGCGCACGGAGCCCAACACCACGGACACCAAAGAAGCUGAUGAGCCGAAUGGAGGAGAUCAGAAGCAGAAGAAGCCCAAGGAGCCCACCAAAGAGGCUGAGGAGCCGCCAAAAGGAGGAGAUCAGAAGCGGAAGAAGCCCAAGGAGCCCAAGACCACUGAGGCCAAUGAGGAGCCGCGAGGAGAUCAGAAGCAGAAGAAGCCCACGGAGCCCAACACCACGGACACCAAGAACGCAGAAGAUCAGAAGCAGAAGAAGCUGCCCAAGACCGCGGAUGUGGACACCAAGCAGGCUGACCAGCAGGUGCAGAAGCAGAAGCCCAAGGAGCCCAAGACCGUGGUCACCAAGGAGGCUGAUGAGCAUCAGAAGAAGCGUCUUGCGCCGAAGACAGCAAAAGUACCAGACCAACCAGCCAGGCGGGGGUGCUAA